GAUGGCUAAGAACUCCCGUCUGAGCCUCGCCAGCGCCUCUGAUGAGAACUUCACCUUCUGCUGGAGAGUGUUCUGUGCCUGGGACUACCUCAUAGGGAACCCUGAGGCUGCAGAGAGCAAGGGAGCCGCUAUCGUCAACAACAUCAGGGAGGCCAUUGUUGAGGAGCAGGAGAAAAAGAAGGAUACUAGUCUAGCAGUCCUGAUCAGUCUGCGUAUCCUAGCCAACAUCCUGGUCCUUCUCUCUCUGGCUGGCAGCAUUUAUAUAAUCUACUUUGUGGUGGACCGCUCCCAGAAACUAGAGCUGGAGAAGCCAGAGCUAACACUAUGGGAGAAGAAUGAGGUGAGUGUGGUGGUGUCCCUCAUCACCAUGAUUGCCCCGUCUGCCUUUGAGCUGGUGGCUCAGCUGGAGAUGUACCAUCCCAGGACCUCCCUCCGCUUCCAGCUGGCCAGAGUCCUGGUGUUGUAUCUGGGUAACCUGUACAGCCUCAUCAUUGCCCUUCUGGACAAGGUCAACAGUAUGAGUAUGGCGUCAGCUGCUGCAGCUGUAAGUAGUCCUGCUGAGAACUCCACGGCAUUCAUGGCGACCAUCUCCCAGCCGGGGGAGACGAGCCUCUCCACCCUCGUAUCCGACAUCUCCAUCUCUGAAAACCACAACAGCACCAUAGCAACCAUUGCCAUGGUGCUGGAUGUCAACACCAGCAUCAGCACCAGCAAGCAGAACAAGCAGAAGAAACCGGAUGAGUGCUGGGAGACCUACGUUGGACAGGAGAUGUUGAAGCUGUCUAUCAUCGAUAUGAUCUUCACGGUGGCCAGUAUCCUGUUGAUAGACUUCAUCAGAGGGCUGGUGGUCAGGUACCUGAGUGACUGCUGCUGCUGGGACCUGGAGAGCAAGUUUCCUGAGUAUGGGGAAUUCAAGAUAGCUGAGAACGUCCUCCACCUGAUAUAUAACCAAGGAAUGAUCUGGAUGGGUUCGUUCUUCUCUCCCUGUCUGCCUGCCUUUAAUGUGUUGAAGCUGAUAGGCUUGAUGUACCUGAGGAGUUGGGCUGUGCUCACCUGUAACGUCCCUCACCAACAGGUGUUCAGAGCAUCCAGAUCAAAUAAUUUCUACCUGGCUAUGCUGUUGUUCAUGCUUUUUCUGUGUAUGCUGCCCACCAUCUUCGCCAUAGUGAGAUACAGACCUUCCCAACACUGUGGGCCAUUUAGCGGUCAGGAGAAGAUUUAUGACAUCAUCUCAGAGACGAUAGCCAAUGACUUCCCGCUGUGGUUCAGUAAAGUGAUGAGUUACGUCACCAGCCCUGUUGUAGCGUUGCCCGCUCUGCUGCUGCUGUUCAUGUUGAUCUACUACCUUCAGGCCAUUGCCAGAUCCCUUAAAUUCACCAACAACCAGCUGAGGAUGCAGCUUCAGACUGAGAGAACAGAAGACAAGAAGAAGGUAUUACAGCUGGCUUCAGGUAAACCUCAUCAUUCUACUUUCUGGUUGCGAGGCUACAGGCCCCAGAGGUCCCCGGGGGACAGGAAGCCUGACCAGCAGGAUGGUGACAUCACCAGCCGCGAGUCGUCCAUUCGCACGCCGUCGCCACGACCCAACGGCAGUGUCACAAACUUCCAGUCGCCCGAUCGUCGUGGCAACGGCAUCCGCACCAUCACCCAGUCGGCAUCGAGAGUCGAGACCGCUAGGCGACAUUUGCUGCUGGGACGCCUAGAAGUCCAACAACACCCUUCCUACCUGGGGGGCCCUAGCGGUACCUGCAGGUCCAAGUCCUACCAUCAUGUGGCGUACAACCCCCCGACACGCUACUCCUCAGAGAAUAUCCACUCCGACCCACUCUACAGGAAGACCAUCAGGCCCAUGCACUCCGCAGAGGCAGCUGGGAUAAUGACCGCCCAGAGCUACGUGGGCCGUCGCCCCUACACCACGCGCUACGUCAUCGUCAACGAGCACGAAGCUAGGAAAAAGUUGCUUAGAUCAGCCACACGCGUCCCUCGCCACUUCCGAGCGGAGGACCCGGGGGGUGAAAUCGUAGAGCUGAUUCCGCGGAAUACCAAGCGGUAUACUCCAAGGGCUCCGCAUCUGCAUGGGCACCCACACAGGUCGAAUCCGCCGCAGUCACACCUGAGUGAUGAAGAGGAGGAGGCAGAGGCAGGGGGGAAGAGGGAGUCUAGGAGGGGGUUGUUCGGGCAGACUCACCGGCCCCGCUCACUCUCCGACCUCCAACAGCCAGCUCGCUUCUACAUCGGAGAGCGCCUGGAGACCAAGCUGUCUAUGGCGUCAAAAGACAGCCACACUGCUAGGGGGCGCUACGGCAGUGAAGCCCAAAAAGGGGACUGGGAGGAUAUGGAGACGCGCUUGCACUCCCUCUCCCAGUCCAGCAUCAGAGGAGCGGAGAUUCCACCACCAGUCAGGCACACACAGUCCCCAGCCAGACACCCCCACUCCCCCAGCAGACUUGUACACUCACCCCCCCAGGGCCCCGGAAGACGCCUGGAGCCCCAGGUCAAGCCCAAGACAUCCAGGUCCAAGCUGGAGCCUUCCCUGACUGAGUCGGACUCGGCCUCUCUGGCCUCCAGUAGCGACCAGCAGAACAGCAGCACAGACCAGUACAUCCAGGUCAUUCACAACAAGGAGAAGUAUCUCAAGUCUGAGGCAAGGCAAGGCAAACUGGCUAAGAAGAAGUCCAAAGCCAGUAUAGAUCUCAACGUGUCUGGGUCCAAAGACCUGGUCUGCUCCAACGUGUAG